AUGUCCUCAACCACUCCAGGCAACAACGGAACUGUCGUGCCAAAAUAUCGAAUUCGAAGGUCAGCAAUUAAAUCUCAACACGUGGCAACCAUUCAAUCGGUCCGAGAAGAAACACCUUCGUCCUCUCCAUCAUCGUCAUCGUCAGAAACCACCACCACUGCCAUCACUUCCAUCACUUCCAUCACUACUCCAAAUCAGUCUUUAUUACAAGAUGAUGAGAAUAAGCCAUCAUCAUCAUUAACCACAACAACAACAUCCACCAAAAACAAAUCUUCCAUAUCAUUGAAUGAUCAUUCAGAACAACAUCAUUUAUCAUCAAACCAAUGUCCUUCAACCACCACUACAACUCCCACCACUACAACUCCCACUACUACAACUCCCACCACUACAACUCCCACUACUACUACAACCAUCAUCAGCAAUACUAUUCCCACUUUCAACUCUACAUGUUCAACAUCAUCAUCACACACUACCAAUUUUGUUCACUCUUCUCACGAUAAUUGUCAUGUUCGUGAUGAUGAUCCUAAGAGUAAGGACAUACAAAAACCUUUCUUUAUUCAUGUCAUGCCAAGUACCAUUACGAGAAAUUCACAAGGUCCUCUUUCCAAUCAUCAUGACAUUGUGAUGAUUCCAUGGACUUUAAAUUUGGAUUUGAAUUUAUUGGAACACUAUCAAGCAAUGAUUGGACGUUGCUCCGAAUGUCAUGAAUAUGUGAAAAGAGGAAAUUUUGAAAAACAUGUACAGAACGAUUGUAAAAGUGAAAUUGAAACCAAUUUUGAAGAAAUUCAACAACAGAGAAUGGAAGAAUUACACAAUGACUUUACAAUCAAGAUUCAUUCAACUCAAGAAAGAAUCACCAAAUUAGAGACCGAUCUGAAAGAAUUAACAAGCCAAAAGAUGAAUCUUCAAAAUAAGAUUUCUGAUCUUGCCAAAAGACGAUUCAUGGAAGAAAACUCUCAAAUCGUGACAUUGGAUGUAGGAGGUGAAAUUAUACAGACAUCACUGUCAACACUCAUUAAUCGAGAAUUUGAACCCGAGUCCUUGCUUGCAAGCAUGUUCGAAAAUGUUCUUUCAUCCAAUAAUGAUUCUAGUAUGGAUGAAGAAUCCACACCAUGUCAUCAUUACAUUGAUUGUGAUCCUGAUCAUUUUUCUCUUGUGUUGCAUUGGCUUCGAUAUGGAAAUAUUCGAGUGGACACAUCCACAGGUAAACUUCUUGUGGAUGUGGCUGAACAAUUUGGACUUGUUAAUUUAAAACAACAAAUUGAAAGCUGUGAAUUGCUCAAAGAGUCAGUUUCUAAAUUUGGACUUUCAAAUAUCAACAAGACCUAUAACAAGAUCAAACAAUAUGAAAUGGAUCACUUGUUGAGUUAUUCCAUGAAAGAAAAUGUUCAACUUUCAUUAACCAAUGUGGAUUUGAGAGGUGUCUCUUUACGUGACUCUCAAAUUACCAAUGCUGUCAUUACAUAUUCUAACUUUGGUGGUAUGAAUCUUGUGGGAGCUUGUUUCAGUGGAACAAAUUUGAGUGGAUGUAAUUUUGAAAAGUGCAAUUUGACCAAUGUCAAUUUGAGUGGAUGUAAUUUGACCAAUGUCAAUUUCAGAAAUGCCACUCUCACCAAUGCUUCUCUGACAGGUAGUAUUUUGGAUGGAUGCAUUCUUGAAAAUUGUAAUUUAUCCAAUGCUAACUUGAAAGCAUGUAAUCUCACAACCACUUCAUCCAACUCUACAGGAUAUAUUUUAGCAAAUGCAAAAUUGAAUCGAGCCAUUGUGAAUGCAGAUUUUUUGAGAAAAUCAAAAAGUUUGUUUGGUAUUGAUUUGAGUGGAUGUAGUCUCAAAAAGAUGGACUUUUCUGGACUCGAUUUUUCAUAUGCCAAUUUAUCGAAUUGCAUUCUCUCACAAAGUAAUUUCACAAAUACUAAUUUUGCAAAUGCCAAUCUCAGUACGUCAUCUCUGAGUGAAUGCAUCUUUACUGGAUGUAAUAUUACAGGAGCUAAACUCGUGAAUUCAAGUCUGAGAAAUUGUGAUUUAACAAGUAUUGAUCCAGCCUCUGUUGGAUAUUGUGUAGCUGGAGCGAAAUUGCAAGGAGCUAAAUAUGACAAUGAAUUUAUGAAUAAGGCAACCAAAUUGGUUCGAAACAAGAAGGAUUCCUAUACUCGUAGAAAUCAAUCACAAGAAAAUGAUCUCGAAACUCUCAUGCUUUCAGAUGGAUACUUUUACAGCAUUCUCAAAGUUUUUGCAGAAAAAGAAUAUGCAAGUGAAAAUUUAUUGCUAUGGGAAAAGAUUAAGAAUUUGUCUUCUGAUUUCAAUAAUCUGCAUGCAGUGGUCAACAAAGAUAUGCUACGAGAAAUUUACAAUGAAUAUGUGAAACCAAGUGCACCCAAUGAGAUUAAUUUUUCAUCGGACUGCAAGAAAAAGUUCUACUCGUUGAUAGAGCCAAAUUCAGAGUUGUCAAAACAUGCCUCCAUAGCAACAACAAGAGAAAGUGUGAUUCAUGCGAAUCCAAUUGAAUCCGUUGAAAACGAGAUCUCCAAGAAGCAAAACGAAGAAGUGAAUGUGAAAUCAGUCAUGGACCUUCUAUGGCCUGAGUUGUUUAUGAAUAUCUAUGACACGUUCACUCGUUUGCAAAAAACAAAACAAUAUGCUCAUUGGGAAAAGACAAGUGCAAACGUUCCAUUUGUAACAACUUCUCGAGAGUAA